UGAUAAUAAUGAAUUUAUCCACCCCCCACCAUCUCAGUCUUGUCAGUGUUAUGUUGUUAUAAGAAUGUGAAAAGAAAUGGAGUAAAAAGUGACUACAAGUAACUGAAACAGGCAAAUUUCCUUUUUCACUUAAAGUCAUCAAAGAUUUAUUUGUUUGUUUGUUUAAGUGAAAAAACCCUGAUUCUUCCCUGAAAUUUAAUGAGUAGGACUGUGGGGUUUACUGAUUCUAUUUCAGGAUAAUUUUGCAAAGAAAUGCUUUGGUAACAAAUGUGCUGAGAUGCCCUCAAACUCUGAUGGGUAUGUGUGUGUUGUUGGCACUAAAUUGUUACUACUGGUUGUGUUCCAGCUUCGUGAUAAGCUCUGUAUUCAAAGUUACCCUUAUCUAUGUAUUUACAUGCAAAGUAGUGUAAAGUGAAGAGCUCUCCACGUAGUUAUUUAUAUGUGAAAUCAGAAUCAGAGUCUGAAAUAACAGCAUUUGUAACACGAUUCGUGCGUGAAAAAGGAUCAGGAUGUAUUUUCUUGGUGUAUUUUUUUUUUUCAUCAAUACCUUGCCUUUCAGCCUGAGUUCAGGCUGCUGUCGCUCUUAGGCUCCAGCAUGUAGAGGAAACAAUGUGGAAUAUCGUGGUUUGUUUCCUCGUGUGUCAAAAAAAAAUAGCUUUAUUUGCCCCACUCGUAAACAAUAAUGUUGUCUGUGAAUUAAUUUUGCAGCUUGGAUCCAGUUAUCACAUUUUUAUGUGUAUCAUCCAUAAGAAAUCUGUGAAUGCUGUGAAUUACAGGACAAAAGUCAGUGUUCUGUUUUGGUUCAUCUGUUACGUGACAGUAGAUUUUGCGUGUUAUUUGCCUUGCCUUUUAUUUUUAUCAACUAUAUACCCAGACCUCAAAGAACUGAUACACUGAUUUCUGAGAAAUCCAAAUUUAAAAUACAUUUUUUUUUCUAGGAUUAGGCCAGAGGUUGAAUAGUGGACUGUGUGGAGUUGCAGUGAGGAUUUUAUAACAGAAAAGAGAACUCUUUGUUGCUUGUCUUCUGAAUUAGAUGCUUCUAAAUGCCAGACUUGCCCCAAAAUACAUUUCCCAGUAUUUCCCAAAAUAUUUGAAGUUAUAACAUCUACUUUCUUAGCCAGUCUACCUGUUAUUCAAUUUCUACAUUAAAAACAGUAUUCUCCCAUUGUGGCCAUGUUUGGAUAUGUCUAGCAUAGAAUAAUAUAUUAAUUGUAAGAACAUAUAUUACAUAAUGAAAAUGAGAAUAAAAUGGAAUCCAGCAUGUUUAUUGCCAUUCUGGGGGUUUCAUUCAAUGUGUGGAGAGUUUAAAAUAUUAAUUCAGGGAUCACAUUAGAAGGGCAAAUUUAUAGAGUUAUGCACCUCUCAAAAUGUAUUAAAAUAACACUUGACUUUUUUUUUUUUCUUUUAAUUUACUGCACACAUGAAGCCUGGUGGCAAAAAAGCUGAAAAGAAAGAAGAGGAAGGGAAGAAGCUGACUGAGGGAGAUGAAGCUGAACAAGAAGAAGCAGCAAGACUUGAGAAGGAGAGACUCCAUCGGGAACUCAUGGCAAGGCUGGAGGCAAAAUACCAAGAACAAAAGGAGUCUGAACAAGCAGAACUUAAUUCACUGGAACAGAAGUUUCUGUCUGCACAGCAGUGGAAAAUGGAUUAUAGAGAACACGAAAAGUGGGAGCAUUACCUCAGCUGUGAUGGAAUUCCUGACCCAACUGUACCCCAGGAAAUCAACACCUUCAUGAGCUUGUGGCGUGAAGAGGGAGAUGAGGACGUUCAGGUUGUGAUGGAGAAGGGGGAACAGGUGCUAAAUUUAAUUGAGAAGUUGCAGCUCCUUUUAAUGGACACCCCAUCCAGUGAGGUGACAGCAAAAGAAGCAGUCCAGUACCAGGAAUCUAUUGUGGAACUGCAGAAUCUGCUUCAUCAGAAGUACAAUGAAGCUACACAGCAGCUGCUGAAAACAGCUAGUAUGUAUGAAGAUUCUGAAACUGGAAAUAUGCAGGCAGUCAUAAAGGAUAAAAAUGUUACUUUCUGUGUUUGGGUCAAUCUGAAGAAGAAAGUAAGGUUCAAAACUCACGUGUUCAGCGAUGCCCAGCACGGCUUUGAUGUUCCCAAGUCCCUGGUUCUGAACAGCGCCGCCGUUCGCAUUUUGCACACCCGUUACGACCACGUGUCCCCGCUGUGGCUGCAGUGUCGAGGUCUGCCAGACCUGGAAGCCUUGGAGAGCAAAGAACUGGCUGAGCAUCCAAAAGACAAUGCAGAAGAACCAGGAGAGGAGGAAAAGAAAGCCAGAGAAGAACCCGGCGUGCCUGCCGAAGAAGAAACGUGUCCUGGUGGGAGAAAGAAGAGUGUUGCCUCGUUGAAAGAAACCAGCAAUAACACAGAGGAUGUAAAUGAGACAGAGGAGGAAACCGAGAAGAAAUCAGAAAACUUGGACAUUUCAUCACAAGAAGGGGACCCGCCGGUGCAGGAAGAGACAGGAGACAAAGGAGAGGCGGCAGCAGCUGCAGAGUGGGUGGAUUUGCAGCGGUUCGUGCCGGUGGGCGGCGUGUUCCACAUCGAUGCCCUGCAGCUCCCGCCUCAGGUGGUGGAAGUCAAUGACUGGACCAUGGUGGAGUUAGUUGAUGCUGGGUUGGAGGUGUAUCCCUAUUCCCCCGAGGAGGCUGAGGAUGCCACAGAAUCAAUAAUCCAAAUAACCCUCAGGCUGCCUGAAAAUGUGGUGUAUUUUAAGAGUCCUGUGGUCGCCCGAUGGGAUCCCGAAGCCCAGCAGUGGAGAACUGAUGGCAUCAGCAAGAUAAAGUAUGAAGCACAAGAAAAGAGCAUCACCUUUGAGAUGGGUGGCUUUUAUACAGUAGCACUUCUCCAGGAUGCUCAUCUCAACAUGCCAUAUAAAGCAUGGGAAUUGCAACCUACUGGGGUGGAUGAAGCUCUCCUUGUAGUUACUACCUGCUUGGCAACAAUUCAGAUACGAAUUAAGGGCAAUCAGUGUAUGUUGUCUUCAGUAGUGGUGGAGGAGGAGGAGGAGGAGGAUGUGCUUUCCAACAUCACAGGAAAAUGGAUGAGUCCCCAUGCCCUCCGAGCAGCUCUGAAAAGAGCUGGUGUGAACAUUUUCCCUGGAGACUGUUCUCACAACUAUGUCCCUGUGACCAGGAAGGCUGCCCUGGCGGAAGUUAAGGCCUGUCAACAGCUGGCUCUGGUUGCAUCUGCAUUUGCUUUUGCAUCGAGCAGGUGGAACAGAGCGGCAGGUCCAGAGCACGUGGUGUUCAAGGUAAGGGAGCAUCUUGAAGCAGAUUCUGUCCAAGACAACAACUGGUCUCUUUACAUGUUUAAUGGCCAGAAAGCACAAAAGCUCAAAAUCACUGAAACCAGUGAAGCUUUUUCAGAAGAGAUAGAAGAAGAUUCUGAACUUCACUCCACACUCUACCAUCUGCUUAAGGAUUUUGCCAGCAAAGCAGCAAUGGAUAAAGUGGAAGGAGCCAGCUGCCUGUUCGUUGAUGCUGUGUAUCAGCUACUCCUUACUACAAGGGUUUUAACAUACUCUUAAAUACUGUACGUUUUCUUUUAAAACUUUAUUAUCAAAAGUUCUCAGCAAAGUUACAUUUCAAGUCUA